AUGCAAAAUAAGCGAGUAUUAAAUCGUGAAUACACAAAAGAGGAAAUCGAAAGCAAGAAGCCUCGGCCGAUGAAAAAGAACAUUGAUGAUUAUAAACCAUCGGGUAACCUAUACAAAAAUUUGAAAACAUCUGACGGACGGCGGAUCAAUUAUAUCGAACCGGAAGACAGCUCCCUUCCAACAACAAAAUAUCGACUUUUUUGCUUUAAAAAUGAUGAAGAAAUCGAAGAACCACUUUAUAUGGACAAGCGCUCGUUUUACAUCUUCGGAACCGACCAAAAGAAUGUGGAUUCCAUUUUGAUGCACAAGACGUGUGAAGGGCAACACGCUGUCAUCCAAUUCAGACACAACGGCGACACUGUUUUACCUUAUAUUAUUGAUUUAAAUAGUAAAUACGGAACGUAUCUCAAUAAAUGUAUCAUUAAGCCGUCAACAUAUAUCGAGCUGAGAGAAGGCGAUAUGCUCAUGUUCGGGAAGUCACAAAGGGAGUAUAUUUUAGUGAUUGAAAAGCCCAUAAAAACGACAAGAACGCACUCCAAAUAA